UGAUACACAAACGGAUGAUCUGACAUUGGAGUUCAGACGCGACAUAUGCGGGACGUUUUGGCCGAAUUUGGCCAAUAAUGUCAGACGCAACAAUGGAGCCGUCGCAAAAGUUAGGAACAAAGUUCACUGACUUGGAGAUGGAGCAUCCCGUAGACAGAGAGAUCACAAUACCAGGGGCUUCUGAAGAUGAUUCCGAACUAUCAACAUUAGAUGAGCCAGUGAGAAUUACAGUUAUGAGAGAUUUGAGAGCAGUUGGAGUGAAGUUGUUCCACGUCUUGUACCCAAAACAGAGCAAAGCUCUGCUGAAAGAUUGGGACCUGUGGGGUCCACUCGUGCUGUGCACAGUGUUUGCAAUGCUACUUCAAGGUUCCUCAAGUUCUGGUGACAAGGAGCCGAAGGGAACAGCCAUUGAAGCUCAGUUCUCAGAGGUAUUUGCUCUCAUUGCCUUCGGUGCCAUCAUGGUGGCUCUAAACUCCAAGCUACUCGGGGGAGUCAUUUCCAUCUUCCAGAGUGUGUGCGUGCUGGGUUACUGCAUCCUACCCUUAGUCAUCAGUCUCAUCAUCUGCCGGCUCAUCAUGCUCAGCGAGGACUCCACCUUGCUGUUCAUCAUUCGACUAGUGCUUGUCAUCUGUGCUUUCAUCUGGUCUACAUUUGCAUCUCUGGCAUUCCUGGCCGACAGCCAACCACAGCACAGGAAGCUCCUGGCUGUCUAUCCCAUCUUUCUCUUCUACUUUGUGAUUGGCUGGUUGAUCAUCUCACGCAGCGCCGGCUGAGUCUGCAACCUGUAGCAGAUCCUGUUUCAUUAGUCCUUUCACAGAUAUGGCAGACACAAUAGGAAGGUGUUACAGUCGACUCUCAUCAUAGAGGGCACUGUCACAAUAAAACAUCGUUAUGAAGAGCAAAUUCUCAGGUCCCCAUACUCUUGCAUUGUUUGCAUUUCUACAGUCCGUCUGGGUCACAGCAAGGUACAUGUAAUUGGUUGGCCCAAGCAAUCUUCUCAUCUGCCCCGAGUUGAAGUGCACCCUCACUGGCAAAAGAAAGACAGUCUGGUACGAAGUUUUCUAACCGGGUUCUUGUACGUGUUCGGCGUGCACGCGAAGACCAUACAUUCCAGAAUAAAUUUGUUGCGUAUAUACUCGGCAUGCUUUGCAUCAACUAUGAUGUGACUUUGUACCAAAGGACUGUCCGUUUUAUUUAAAAGCACGCCCUCUUUUGUUUCCGCUUGGAGUGGGUGAUGAGAGUUGACUUUAUUUAGUGUCAGACCUGUACCAGCAUUCCAAACAGGUUGAGUUUAAAAUAGUUUACUCCACCCCCAUGGGCUCGGUGAAUAGAGGAGUGUUUGUUAUUGAGCAACCAUUUUUUGCUUAGCAGCAGUCCCCUUAAGACUGGCCCACAACGUGUUUGCAAGUUUGCACAAGUUCUUUAGCAAGUGAGCUCAAUUUUUAUACAAAAAUUGAGGUGAUGCUAGUGAGGGUGCACUUCAAUUUUUCAUACAAAAAUUGACUACUUUGAGUGGUGCACAUGUACUGGCCUCCUGAGAUGAUCCACUGAGCAUUCUGUUAUUUUCCGUAAAAUAACCAAGGGAGGCUAGUUUUACGACAUCACGAGAUAAAGUGGGCAGUAUUCGUUUUAUAAAACCUCUCACAAAUUCUGUAAUUUGAUCGUAAUACACAAGUUAAAUAAUAUGAAUACAAAAUUUUAUGAAAAUUCACCAGAACAUUUCUAAAAAAAAAAAAAUCCUCGUCACAAAAUGCUUGAAUUCAGCUCGGUCGUGCUAGCACCUUGGAACGUGGGCAAUGCAUGUGCAUACCGUGCCUGUGAUCAUACUGUGAUGUAGUCUACCACGUGAAGCCUAGCCAGGCCCUGAGGCAUGGUUGCAUCAGUGGUUAUAACAUUUUUCAUAAUUAAAUACAGAGGGAACCUUUGGCAUGAACAUAACUUUACUAGAUGGGAGAGUUUAAGUCAACUAAAGAUGCAACGAAUGACAAACUGUGAAAGAUUAUUGAAUUAUGUAAAAUAAGUUGGACUUGGGUAGUUGAAUGGGCCAGUAUUGCGCGUGUGCAUUAGUUGGCUGGUGGUCAGGCUGUGGCUCUCACCUGAACUUCCCCCUUGUUUGUACGUGAGAUUGCAAUAGCAUUUUUGCUAAUCUGGUACUAGUGGGAUUGAGUACUAGUGUCGAUACCAGGUUCAUGGUGCUAGGUGACACUCUAAAGUCCCCUGACCUUCGAGGAGGGGUGCUUAUACAUAUAUAUCGCGUUUACAAUGUAAUUCUGUUGCACCCCGACGCGACUAUAGCGCGAAGUUCGUGCAUGAGCUAAUGGGCACCUGUAAUUGGUAGAAAGUGUGUAGGAUGCAGUCAUUAACCAGUUUUGGGUCUUAUGCUAUACGUGUACUUGGGGCCUAACACUUUUUCUGUGGUUGUCAUAUCCAAAGAAGGUAAAUUAGCAUUUGGACAUCUCGUAAGCUGAUGAAAUAUGUCUGUGUGUAGUGCUUAAGAAUUGCAAGUUACUUGCGUGACAUUAAAGAGUGUCAGUACGUGGAUGUAAGAUAUUAAAGAUUGAAUAUUCAUGUCUUUCUCAAGCGUAUAAUAUCAUGUGUAAAUCUGAUAGAGUUUUAAAAAAUAUUAGCCUCAAUUUAUUAACUUUGUCAGUACAAUUUAUUCAGUUUAGUAUUCAGGGAAAAGGUACUUAUUUUACAUGUACUGGUGUAUUUAGUUCAUUUGUUACCUUUUGUGCAAUAUGUAAUGUGUAGUAAAUAAACCAAGGGCUUAUGCUUUGUACACGCA